AUGAAUUGUCCCUCGCGAACCGACGAUACUCUCGACCACCCGGAUUGGAAUCAGAAUCCCCCGGCGCUAAAUGCAGAUACAACCACUCGCAAUGACUUCAACGGCAUCGCCAAUUCCAAAGUACACAGAAACCAUGCGUCAGGAGGAGGUGGUGGUGGUGGCCGAGGAGACGGUAUUAUGGGAAUAGACUCUCCGUCACCUAACGGAGAGGGACAUGAUCCUGAAAUCGUGGAAACAAAAACCCCAGGCGGGGUGAUCUCUGCUGCCUCUGGGGACGAACCACCCCAGACCAGCAGCGGAUCACCCCGCCGUUAUUUUGAUUAUUUCACAGACAUGAUCACCGCCCGACUACUCCAUGUUACUUCGAGUCUCAUAAAAUUCGCGCGGUUCGUGGGCCCCGGCUUUCUCAUCGCCGUGGCUUACAUUGAUCCCGGAAACUAUGCUACCGAUGUCGCGGCUGGUGCCGAAUUCCGAUAUGCUCUGCUGUUUAUUGUCCUUCUCUCCAAUCUCUUUGCGAUCUUUCUGCAGUCAUUGUGCAUCAAAUUGGGAAGUGUUACGGGUCUCAACUUGGCGGAAAAUUGUAGAGAACAUCUCCCAAAAUGGGUAGUGAUCAUUCUCUACAUCUUGUCCGAGGCCGCUAUCGUUGCAACUGACAUUGCCGAGGUUAUUGGAUCGGCAAUCGCUCUCAAUCUUCUGCUGAAGAUUCCGCUAGUCGCUGGCUGCGCAAUCACGCUUGCAGACGUUCUCAUCCUUCUCAUCUUCUACCGACCCGAUGGGUCCAUGUGGGGGCUGCGACUGUUCGAGUUCUUUGUCAUGGGACUGGUGCUGGGGGUGGUGAUAUGCUUCUGUAUCCAGCUCUCCCUCAUCAAAGACCAAUCCAUUGGCGACGUCUUUCGAGGUUACGUACCAUCCUCUGCCAUUGUCGAGUCGAAGGGUUUGUAUCAGAGUUGUGGUAUCCUUGGUGCCACCGUCAUGCCCCACUCCAUAUUCCUGGGUAGCGGCGUUGUCCAGCCACGUUUAAAAGAGUUUGAUGUCAUGAAAGGUUAUGCGGAUCCUUCAGCAUGUCUCGGAAGUGUUGGUGGGGAAGUCGAAUACCGACCAUCCAUCCAAGCUAUUCGAGGCUGCAUGAAGUACUCGAUCAUAGAACUGACACUUUCCCUCUUUACGUUUGCUCUGUUUGUAAACAGCUCCAUCCUCAUUGUUGCCGGUGCCUCCUUGUAUGGAACUGCUGGAGCCGAUGAUGCCGACCUUUGGGGCAUCCAUGACCUGCUUUCCAGCUCCAUUGCCCCCGCCGCUGGCUUGAUCUUCGCGUUGGCGCUUCUCCUCUCGGGAAUAUCUGCGGGGAUCGUAUGCACCAUGGCCGGUCAGAUGGUGAGCGAAGGGAUGCUGAACUGGACUAUCAAGCCCUGGCUCCGCCGACUGAUUACUCGGUCCAUUAGCAUUAUCCCCAGUAUCAUCAUCGCAGCAGCUGUGGGAAAAGAGGGGCUGAACAAGACCCUUACUGCAAGCCAAGUAGUUCUGAGCGUCAUUCUCCCCUUUGUCACGGCUCCUUUGAUCUACUUCACCUGUCGCAACCGAUACAUGACUGUACCUGCGGAUCGAGUUGGCGGAUAUGACCCAGACAUGCCGGCCGAAGGAGUCAAGAUGCGCAAUAAUUUUCUGGUUUCCGUACUGGCGGUGCUCAUAUGGCUCGUAAUUGCCGUGAUGAAUAUAGCUCUGCUGGUGCUCGUCGGGAUGGGCAAGGCUUGA